AACAUACAAGGCCCUCCCACACAGGAUCAGGUAAACAGCUCUGACGUUUGGCUUGUAGGCAUCUCUGUCCUACGCUCUCUUGGCAGGUACCGCUUAGAAAGUCGUAUCCUGGCUCUAUGCUGACGGCUGCGAGUUUCGUGCAGGGUUUCUGAAGGCGGGUGUGAAAAAAGAAAAGAGGAGAGUGGUCUUGGAAUCUUCGGGAGCGGGACCCGUGCCUUCGACCUCUGUGGAAACAGAAACAUAGGUGGGUCUUGGAGGAGGGACUGAGUCGCAGUUCGAGGGCGGACCGCAGCGGCUCAGGGGAAGGUGACUGUGAGAUCCAUCGUUCCCAGUCGGAACAGUUGUCCUGGACAGGGCUUUAAUGGUUGCUUUAUCCGAAGACUGCGCUAGGAGUGUUUGGAUCUGUGAUUCCAACUGUCCGAAAGGGCCAUUCCAGAAGCUCUGCCAAGGAGCUAAUUGUACAGUGUUUUGAGUGGAGAAUCUAGGACCAAGCCAUGAAUAUCCUCUCACUCUCAUGACUCUAUACGAUUCUGCUUCUCUCAAGUGUAUCCCAGUAUCCUCUGCAUGUUUCCAAGGGCAAAACUAAACCAAGCAACUUACAAGCAUCAUGAAUGAAUAUGUGGAGUUGGUGUCGUUUGAGGAUGUCACUGUGAAGUUCACCUGGGAGGAGUGGCAGAAUCUCAGUGAUGCUCAGAAGAUGCUAUACAGGAAUGUAAUGCUGGAGACGUAUAGUAGCCUGCUGUCACUGGGGCAAUGCAUCCCUAAACCUGAGUUGAUCUUCAAGUUGGAACAGGGAGAGGAGCCAUGGACAGCAGAAGAACCUGCAAACAAGACUCUGCCAGUCUUUUGCAGUAUGGAUGGCAUAAUUGAGACCAACCAGAAGAGUCAAGAGACACCUUUGUGGCAAGUUACCGGCAACAGCUACAAUAGAGCAACUGAGGAAGCAAAUGGAUUAGAAAACACUUUUUAUUUGUACUCCAUGAAUAUUUCAAGCUUUAUUGUAAAUAAUAGAAACUGCUCAGGAGUGAAGCCUGAGGAGUCGAAUGGAUAUCUGAAUGCAUGUCUCCCUUUGGAGCCUCAUGGAUUGGAUACUGUAGAGCAAUAUGAUGACUGUUGUGUAGCAGGGAAAUCCAUCAGAUGUCCUGAGCAGUUGGAUCAGCAUUCUAAGAUUCAAAGUGGACAGCAGGAUUUUGAAUAUAUCGGAGAAGGGAAAGUUACAAAGGAGGGAAGACUAUUGAAAAAAAUUACUCCAUCUAAGAGACUUCAAAUGGGACUGACCUCUUGGAAGCAUAAUGAGUGUGAGCAAGCUUCUGUUCAGUCAGAUGUCAUUGCUAAGGCAGGGAAGGCAACUCUCAGUAAGAAGUGUAACCUCACUAAACACCAGGCAGCAUACUCAGGGAGAAAAUCUUGUAAAUGCUUUGAAAAUAAGAAGACCUUUUCCAGUGAAUUAGACCUUCUAGAACAUCGUAGGACAUAUAACCAGAGAAAAGACCAUGUAUGUAUCCAGUGUGAGAAACCCUUUAGCACUAAAUCGUCCCUUACUAUUCAUCAGAGAAUUCACACAGGAGAAAAGCCCUAUGGAUGUAGUGAAUGUAAUAAAACCUUCAGACAAAAGUCAGCUCUCAUUGUACACGAGAGAACUCACACGGGAGAGAAACCCUUUGAAUGUUAUGAGUGUGGUAAAGCCUUUCAACAUAAGUGGUACCUCAAAACGCACCAGAGAACUCAUACUGGGGAGAAACCAUAUGAGUGUAAAGAAUGUGGAAAAGCCUUCCUAAAGAAGUCAUACCUCAAAAUGCAUCAGGGCACUCACAAGAGUGAGAAACCAUAUGAAUGUGAGAAGUGUGGAAAAACCUUCCAUAACAGGUCAUACUUCAACAUGCAUCACAGAACUCACACUGGUGAGAAGCCCUAUGCAUGCAGUGAGUGUGGAAAAGCCUUUUACCAAAAGUCAGACCUCAGGAGGCAUCAGAGGAUCCACAACAGUGAGAAAUUACACGAAUGCAAGGAAUGUGGAAAAGCCUUUCAAAAUAAGUCCUACCUCAAAACGCACCAGAAAGUUCACACAGGUGAAAAACCUUACGAGUGUAAAGAGUGUGGGAAAGCAUUUCAGAACAAGGCAUAUCUCAACAAGCAUCAGAUAAUCCACACAGGUGAAAAGCCUUACGAGUGUAAUAAAUGUGGGAAAGCAUUUCAGUGGAAGUUAGUCCUCAGUAAGCAUCACAGAAUCCACACAGGGGAAAAGCCCUAUGAAUGCAUUCAGUGUGGAAAAAUGUUUGGCUACAAAUCAUCCCUCAUUGUACAUGAGUUGAUUCAUUCUGGGGAGAAACCUUAUGAAUGUAAUAUAUGUAGAAAAACCUUUUCACAGAAAUCAAACCUAAGCAGGCAUCAGAGAACUCACCGACAUGGGGAGCUAUGAUAGAAAUGGUUAUGGAUGUGGUCCCAUGUUCGGCCUCUCCUCUGGAAGUGCCCAGCAGCCAAUACACUGGUUUGGGGAAGACAAGGUGAGGUCAAGGACAGAGAUCUGCAGUCUGUGUUCCUCUUGGGGUGUCAGACACGGCUGCAUGCCAGGCUGGAAGGGUGAAAACAGUUCAGGAGGGCAAGGAGCUUGGUCUGGUUUGGAGUGAGUGACGGUCGGGAGAAGAGAGAGGUCUUCUUUAGGAGUUCUAGUGUUAUGGCUCAUGGCUCCUUUAUGUGAAGCCUUCCCCGAGGUGAUCUUUAAUGAAGAAGCUCUCUGAGAUGAUUUUAGCUUAUUUGUAUUGCUUUAUUGGGGAUGGAUGUGAACACAGGCUUUAUUCUGGGUGAAUGAGGAAUUAUGUAAUUUUGGGGAAGGGUGUGAGAAUAUCCAGGAAGGGAAGGUCAUUGGCUGAAGGCGAAGGUUAUUGAGAUGCCUUGUUAGCAUGGAGAAGUGUUCCAGGUGCUGUGCUAUGUGACUGACUUCCUAUGGUCACAUCAGUUAAGGUUCAUAAUUAUAAGCUCCAUAGUGGGCGUAGAGGCAGGGAGGGAGCAGCCCUACUCCUGCUGUCUCUGACCUCUGAGGUUCCCAGAGCAUACUUUUUUUGAGCAUACUUCCACCUCACCAGUCUUAUGCCCAUGUGGUGGCAUGAUCCACCUGCCCUAGAUCCAGAAAGACAUUUAAGUCUUAGAAUGCAUCAAGAAUGCCAAGAAUCCACUCCCGGGGCUGGAGAGAUGGCUCAGCAGUUAAGAGCAUUGGCUUCUCUUGCAGAGGUUCUGAGUUCAAUUCCCAGCAACCACAAGGUGGCUCACAAAAGAGGGUGUCUGAUGCCCUCUUUUGGUGUGUCUGAAGACAGCUACAGUGUACUCAUAUAAAUAAAAAUUAAAAAAAAAAAAAGAAUCCACUUCAGUUUGGGUUGUAUAGGUGUUCUUUGUAUAAAACAAAUAUCAAUUUGCAAGAGAGAACCCACACAGGGUUGAGAAAGUUUAAGAAUAUGUUGAAUGACUGUGCAGGAAGUUUCCCUAGUACUUGCACUUGAGAACUUAUAAAAACACAUAAGAAUGAAUUUUUAUAAAUGUAAUAACUGAGGAAAAAUGUCCUCCUAGAGGUCAAAACUUGGAGUGCAUAUCAGUAUUUACAUAGGAGGAAACAUGAAUGUAAAGAAUAUAAAAUUUUCACCCAUGUUUUUUAUUUAAUAUAUCUGAGAUAACUCAUUGGAGAGAAACUCAAUGCCAUGGAUGUGGAAAAUACUUUUAUGACAAAAUAAAAAAAAUUUAUGAUAUAAUUAAAGUUGAAAAUCAUUUUGACAUUAUUCAUGCCUUAAUAUACAUGACAAAGUCCACAGUGGGAAAACACUCUUCAAUAAAUAUAAUCAUUAAAAAACUGUA